GACAAAGGGGGGGGGGCUGGGUGGCCCUGGGAGGGGGCAGCUCCGUCCCCAGCUGUCCCCAGCUGUCCCCAGCUGUCCCCGUGUCCCCCCAGAGGUGUUCCCGCAGCAGAUGGAGGGCGUGAAGCUGAUCGUCAACAAGGCGCUGAGCAGCCACUUCCAGGUGACACACACGGUUCACAUGAGCACCCUGGGGGCCUCCAACUACCACUUCAACGCCACCUUCGUGGGCGACCGGCAGCUGGGACCCACCGAGACGCACCAGGCCAAGUUCGUGACGUGGCAGUUCGACGGCGAGUACCGGGGCGACGACUGCACCGCCACCCUCACGCUGGGCAACCCCGACCUCCUCGGCGAGUCCGUGAUCCUGGUGGCGCAUUUCCUGCAGAGCGUCACCUCCCGCCUGGUGCUGGGCGGCGAGAUGGUUUACCACCGGCGGCCGGGCGAGGAAGGCGCCAUCCUCACGCUGGCGGGCAAAUACACGGCCCCGAACUGGGUGGCCACGCUCAACGUGGGCUACGGCGGCGCCCACGCCAGCUACUACCACAGAGCCAACGAGCAGGUGGGCGUUCCUGUCACCCCCCCCCCGGGCCGGCGCGGGGAGCCACCGUGCCACCGGCCGUCGCCCGACCCCCGGG